AUGGCGGGGCCUAUGAUGUUGAAACUCUUCCUCCUCAUCCCCCCAACUCUUCUCCCCACCAUCGUAUCAGCGACCUUCACAUCCCGAGAACUCAAAGUUUACCCAGUUGCCGUCAUCGAAACCAUCAAAGGAACAUUCCCUCUUCACUCUAGGUACUUCAACUUCUGCCUCCGCCUCGAAUUCUCAACAAAGGACAUCCUCGGCUAG